CCGACUUGGGAGCGCGAGGCAGUCAGCGGGGUGAACAGAGGGAGUGCAGGAUAUGCGGAAAGACUCCUAGUUAUGAUUAUGUGAAUUAAAGUAGAGUUACAUGACGUGUAAAUAGAAACAAAUAUAUCAGUUCGCUCGUUGGGGUGGUCAUUUCCAGUGUUUACUUUAUUUUUGCUUAUGUGUUAAAUUUGUUUAGCCGCACAACAUUGCGACCGAAAGAGGCCCCGGUUUAGUAGUUGGGAUGUUGGCCGCGGAAAACGCAUCUGUGGACGGACAUUUGGCAGCAUCGACCCCCCACAGAAGAGGCAUGGAUUGCAAAUCGAGUAACAAUGCCAACAAGAAACUUAUUCAAGCUCGUCUCCCAUUCAAGCGCCUGAACACUGAACCGAAAGAGAACCAGCCUCCCAAACGUCCGUGUACUCAUGCCUGCCCCGGAUCCAAAGCCCCAGACACACAGGACGAGAACGAGUCUUCUCCUCUCUCCGAACGCAGCGGCCCGCCUUUAGUGAAUGGCCGCGGCCCGCUUGACGGCUUCCUGAAGCGCAGGUGUUCUGCUUCCUCUGCGUCCUCGGACAAUAAAGUGGUCAUCGAUCUGACCGAGGACGACAACUCCUCCCCUGUAAAGAGCGCCAGUUCUCCUGCUCCAGCCUCUUCUCGUCCCACAGCGAAAAAAAAGGAUCAGCACAAAGACAGAAAAAGCGGCUCCGGCCCAUGCAAAAACGUUAUUGACUGUCCUAAAGCACAAACUGCAGACUGUGUUGUGAUUACCAGCGAUGAAGCGGAAGAAGAACAAGAGGAUCAGCCCACCUCCAUCUCUCAGCUGGAUACUUCUCAGGAUUCAGACAGCGAGCCAGAGGAGCAGAGCAAGUCGGGAAAUGUUUCCAGUUUGGGAAAUAAGUCGACACAGUCGCCGUCAUCGGCCAGCUCCAUGUCUGACAGCUCACCAGAAAACACCAAGACUGAUGUCUCUGCGUCUAAAGAGCCAAAGACCCCGAACACCCCUCAGAUACCAGCAGAUCAGAGAAAGAUCAAGAGACGCUCACUAAAGAGUUUACAAGAGCAAGAAGAAAGGCUGAGGCUGCGACAGGAGAAGGAACGGCAGAAAGAAGAAGCCAAAGCUGCAAAGGAAAAGAAGAAAGAAGAGGCUCGAAAGCUCCGAGAGGAGAAAGAAAAGGAAAAAAGGGAGAAGAAGGAAAAAGAGGAGAGAGAAAAACGAGAGAAAAGGGAAAAAGAAGAGAAGGAAAAGGCAGAGAGGUUAAAAGCAAAAGAGGAGCUGCGGAAAUCAAAGAUGGAGGCAAAGCUUGAGGAGAAACGCAAGAAAGAGGAAGAGAAGCGGGUGAAGGAAGAAGAGAAAAGGAUGAAAGAAGAGAAGGAUCGGCUGAAAGCUGAGAAGGCAGAAAUAACCCGCUUUCUACAGAAACCAAAAAUCCAGCAGGCGCCGAAGACUCUCGCUGCUGCGUGUGGGAAGUUUGCUCCGUUUGAAAUUAAAGAAAACAUGUCCCUGGCGCCUCUUUGUCGGGUUCAGUGUGAGGACUCGGUUCUGGAGGAGCUGGACCGGUGUUUGGUAAACCCGGCUGAAAACGCGAACGCACUGAAAGAUUGGAUCGGACAGAAACCCAGGUGGUCGGGGCCCACUCAGCGCAGACAUGCUGACCCACAGGGGGACUGCAUAGCCAUGGAAGUGUCCAAACCAGAUGGUAUACCGGACCGAAAACGCUACGGACCAAUGAAGCUACUGCAGUUCCAUGAGAACUACCGUCCAGCAUACUGGGGCACCUGGAGUAAGAAGAGCUCUCAUAUUUCUCCACGCUGCCCCCUCAGGCAGGACAAGAAUUUAUUGGACUAUGAGGUGGACAGUGAUGAAGAAUGGGAGGAAGAGGAACCAGGAGAGUCCUUGUCUCACAGUGAAGGGGAGGAGGAAGAGGAAGGGGGUGAGGAUGAUGACGACGACGAUGGCUUCUUUGUUCCUCAUGGCUAUCUCUCAGAUGAUGAGGGAGCGCUGGAGGAAGAGGAAGGUGGAGACCUAGAAAAGCAAAAGCUGCGUCAGAAACUGAAAGCCAGGGAGUGGGACGAACUGAUGUCCAGCAAGAAGAAGAUGAAGGUGCUGGAGGCCGUGGUGAGAGGCUGCGUCUGGGAGGAGGAGGGACUCGCUCAGGAUUCCUUCCAGCCUUAUGCUGUGUGUCUGAUUGAACCUUUGCCCACUGUGGACAACAGCCCUACAGCUGAAGAGCUGCGGCAGAAAGGACAACGAGAAGAGCAGCUGCUGGGCCAGCUGCUCCCCCUGCUGCACGGAAAUCUCAACAGCAGUAAGGUGAUCAUCACUGAGUUUCAGGAGUUUCGCCGUCAGCAGAGGUCCUCAUCAUCGUCCCCCUCUAAGCUGUCCAACCCUCAGAGCCCCCCAGAAAAUAUUCCAUCCAGAAUGCAUCUGAAGCGCUUGAUCAAGAGCAACGCCGUUUACGAGAAGCGCUCCACCUACAAGCGCUGCUGCUGGUACGUGCACGCAGAUGUCCUGUCCCGCUUCGGACAGGAAGCUCUUCCAGUUCCGUGCAAGUGGACCUACCUCACCACCGGAGCUCGGGAGGAUUCCCGGGAAGACCCCCAGGCCGCCACCGGCUCCCAGGGAAACUCGCCCACUACGCCUCAAACCGCCGCCGCCCACUCAGCCUCCAACAAGAGGAAGAGCGCCGGCAGCAUGUCAAUCACCAGGUUUAUGAAGCGAUGCAACGAUCCUGAGCAGGCUGAAGCUGUGGAGGCGGACGGCUUCCAGGCGGACACUGAGGAAGAUUAUGAUGACGACUGUGUUAUCAUCUCCCAUGUUAGCGAUCCUAAGAAAAAGAUCCCCUCCAGUGAGAAAGACUGUCCGAUGGAGGUGAGCCCCUCUGAAAGCGCUGCUGUUCCUGUGGUCAACGCUGCUCCUGCUCUCUCUACAGCCUGAGGAAAGGACAGGAUGCUUUUCCCUCAUCCACUUUCCCUUCAUGGCUCCUUAUUCUGCAUCCAAAAAGAACUCAAGUCUUCAACAGACAUGAUGCGCCACAGCAGGCGGUGCUGGGCUCUUUCCCUACAAGCCGUGGCAGAAGAUUACAGAAUAAAAGCUAAGGAAUGGGAAAAGAAUCAAAGCAACUUAGAGUGUUAUUACUAACGCUUCUGCUUAGUUAGAACCAGGGGAGAAAUUCAUUUCAUAAGAAGUAUUCAAAUAAUUAAGAAAAUCUAUACUUACGGUUUUUGAAAGUCAAUAACAAACCUGUGUGGUUUGGUUUUUUCUUUUUUUUUCUUUUUUUUUUUUCUUUUUUGGUCUAAGUGUAAAUAGUUCAGAAUUCCUCAUAAAUUAGUGCUGGAAAACAAAACUGAGUCCAUCUGUACAUUGUGAUCUUCCUGGUUUCACUCAAGCUGCGUUUAUUGAAAUAGAGGAGAUGUCUGUACCUGUACAGUUAGUUACAGUGUUGGUGUUUUAUAAAUAUGUAUUUUUUCUCAAGAAUACUUGAACAGGUUAAUUUCAUUAAACAUAAAUAAAAGUACU